ACUUUAAUAUUGAUAUGGAUAAUCCUAAAUUACAUUCACAUGACAAAAAUUUCUUCUCUCAACUCAACAAUUUGCAUCUAUUUGACACGUUCUCAGUUAAAUAUGAUCAAUCUCGAAGUAAUUACCCUACUCAUCAAAGUCCUAUGUCGAAGUCACGAAUUGAUUACAUUUGGUUCUCAGCUGAAAUUGUCUCUCAUUUCACAAACUGCGAAGUCUUAGAUGUUGAUUCUUCUCUGUCUGACCAUUCGCUAGUCACCUUUAGUUUUGAAAAUUUCUUGGAUAUCAGAAAUAAGAAAAGGAAUAUUCCUUCAAAAAAGAUUUAUAACUAUGAUAAAAUGACUA